CGCAGGGAGCGUGCGCACGGCCCGCCCCGGGCGCGGGCGGAGAGAAGAGGGAGGGAGCGCGGCGCGCAGCCCGCAGAAGCCGCGAGCCUCGCAGGACGACGGACCCCGCAGCGGCGCGCCGGACCGGGCGAUCUGAUUUGUGACUGCUGUGAUCAGCACUCUUGCUUAAGACUUCCUGGAUCCAGCUCCAGCACUCCAGGGCACGCUGGAUCGCUUACGCGAAGGAAACGGUCAGUUCGGACUGCUGGGCGGAAGGCGGCACGCACACUCCGGUGUUGCCCCCAAGGAUGCGAGUGUGACCGCCGGCGUCUUCAUGAGCUCCAGAGGUCACAGCACGCUCCCACGGACACUCAUGGCCCCUCGUAUGAUUUCCGAGGGCGACAUAGGAGGCAUCGCCCAGAUCACCUCCUCCCUGUUCCUGGGCAGGGGCAGCGUGGCCUCCAACCGGCACCUCCUCCAGGCACGUGGCAUCACCUGCAUCGUGAACGCCACCAUCGAGAUCCCCAACUUCAACUGGCCCCAGUUCGAGUAUGUUAAAGUGCCUCUGGCCGACAUGCCUCACGCCCCCAUCGGACUGUACUUUGACACAGUGGCCGACAAGAUCCACAGUGUGAGCAGGAAGCAUGGGGCCACGCUGGUGCACUGCGCAGCCGGGGUGAGCCGCUCGGCCACUCUCUGCAUCGCGUACCUGAUGAAGUUCCACAACGUGUGCCUGCUGGAGGCGUACAACUGGGUGAAAGCACGGAGGCCCGUCAUCAGGCCCAACGUGGGCUUCUGGAGACAGCUCAUAGACUACGAGCGCCAGCUCUUUGGGAAGUCAACAGUGAAAAUGGUACAGACACCUUAUGGCAUAGUCCCGGACGUCUACGAGAAAGAGUCCCGACACCUGAUGCCUUACUGGGGGAUGUGAUGCCACUGGCACCCGCAGCAGCCCCCCGGCGCAGUACCAGCAGCUGCUACCCACCGUCCACGUCCCUCGUCACCUUUCUUUUCCAAUGGUUGACUCUGGUUCUCCCUGAAGUGUUUUUUACACUGGGUGUUGAAAUUUAUUUUAAGACCUAGGGACGGGAGGAACAUAAGGGGAAAGUAUACAUUGCUAGUAACAUUUUUAAAUCAACAUUUUGGAAUAGUGUUUAUGAAAAUCUUUAACUGGCUUUUAAUCAUUUUUAACAAUCUGGACAGUUUAAUAAACUGAUUCUGCUCUGUGCUGACUCCCAUGCCUUUGUGAUCACAACAGGUGUGAGGGGAGCUCAGUAGAAAAAUAACAAACACAAACAAA